CACCCGUUCUCCCCUCCCGCCUCUGCAGUCCAUCCCGGGUUCUGUGUUGUCUCUGGGUUUAUUUGCAUAGCAGUUCUGCAACUCACUCGGUAUGGAGCCAUUCCAUGCAAAGCUCGUUGCCGCCGCGACUGGCGCAACCAUGACCGCUCUCACUAUGACGCCUUUCGAUGUCAUCAAAACUCGACUCCAAACUCAACCCCCACCACCACUCUUUCCCAAACCCGGUGCAGGUAGAUGUUGUCAACCUGCCAAUGGUGCUUGUGUACGGAAUAUGUCUUCAUUGGCCCGCCCAGUGACAGCAGAGUUGGCCGCCGGCGAGAUUGUCUGCAUUUGGGACCACGGCGUCCUCAGAACCGAGCGAGUUAACGGUUUCGCUGACGCUGUGCGCCACGUAUGGCGUGCAGAGGGGAUUGCGGGGCUGUGGAAGGGAGCUGGGACUUCAUUGGUCAUCGGUGUCCCCUCGUCAACAUGCUAUAUGCUCACAUACGACCACCUUCUCCGCAACGUCCUCCCUCCCCUCUUCCCCUCCCAAACUUUCGUUCCUCUGACCGCCGGUAUAAUCGCCCGAGCGACCAUCACGUCCCUCGCUUCGCCCCUUGAGCUCGUCCGAACAAAUCUCCAGUCCACUCCUCCCUCGCCCGACCGACCACAUACCCUUACCUCCGUCCUCGCGUCAAUACGUGGGCUCGUGAGGGACCAAGGCGUCCGCUGUCUAUGGAGAGGGCUCGGUCCGACGCUCUGGAGGGACGUGCCCUUUAGCGGCAUCUACUGGGCGAGCUACGAAUCAUGGAAAAGUUCCUUUUCGCGGAGGGGGCACGAGGGCGCCGUGGUUGCAUUUUUCGGCGGAGCCGUCAGCGGCAUGACGGCCGCUCUCAUCACUUCACCCUUCGACGUUCUGAAGACUCGGCGGCAGGCCUUGGUGAUGUCGAGUACGGGCAAGCAAAUGACCGCAACGUUCCCCUUGUUAGCACAAAUUGUGCGCAAUGAGGGAGUCCCUGCGUUAUUCGCCGGCAUAGGGCCGCGAAUAGCGAAAAUUGCCCCUGCAUGCGGUAUUAUGAUCGCAUGCUUUGAGGGCGUUGGACGAUUCCUGUCAGAAACUAUAGACGAGAUCUAGACUUACGAUACAGCAGCGGAUAUUGUAUUAUUUACACCUAAUGACACACUAGCGGAACCCGGAUAACGUAUGACAAUGCACCCCCAGUGUCCAUCCACAAAGAAAUCUAUGUAGAACAUACUCCUCAGCAGUCCGUGAGCCUAUCCAAGCCUGUUCAUCUGCUUCUUCGCAGCGGUUAGUUUGGAACCUGUCAUGUCCACCUCGUUCGUGAGGUCGUCGAGGAGCUCGUUCUGUUCGCGUAUCUCCUGGUUGAUGGCCAGUCCGAGGUGCUUCAACCGCGAUAAUACCGUCGUCAUCUGCGAGACCUGCACGUCUUGGUCCUCCAUCUUGCUCUGCUGCAACUGGAACACGCCAUGAUCGUCCAGCGGUCGUGUCUCCUCCGUCUCGACCGGCUUAGCGCCAAACACUCUCGUCACCGGUUGAUUGCGAGUGAACCCGCCUGCCGGACUUGAGGUCGCAGAGGAUGCGCCGCCGCCUCCCAGCAACGCCGCGCGGUCGGCGUCAGACGCAGGAUUACGCUGGGCAGCCGUCGCCCCCAGACCUCGGGAAGUCAUCCGCGCAACCGUGACCAUCUUCGAGAGCUUCUCGCAGUCGUCCUGCAGCCGCGCGACCAUGUCCGUGCGCCGCUGCAGCUCGCCCUCGCUCAUCCCGCGCAUCCCGAGCUCCUCCAGCCCCUUCCCCAGCGCGCUAGUCCGCGUGAUGAUCCCCGCGAGCUUCUUCUUCGCCUCCACGUUCGCCUUGUGCGCGCCCGACGGGUCCCCGCGGUCCGCGAGCGCG